ACGGCUACCUCUUUUGUUUAGGUUGUGGCUACCUGAGGCUUGUAUUGGUGGUAGAUAGAUGACGGCUGUCACAAGCUCCGAUGAAUCUCAGGCUGUGCGGAGAGCACUCAACGGCGGAAGCUCGGUGAGGAAUAAGAAGAGGAAUUACAAGUAACGAGUGUUUGACAAAUGGUGAGGAGUAGAGCCUUGGCCCACUGCGGGCUGGUGAUGCUCAGUUUGUGGUUGUGCGUCCACUCAGUGCCUAUCAGUGUGGAGAAGGCCAAAGACAAGCCAGAGGUGGAGGAGCUGGAGCCACCGCAGAGCGCCGACACUGGUCUGCACUACGACCGCUACCUCAGGGAAGUCAUCGAGUACCUGGAGAAAGACCCCCACUUCAGAGAAAAGCUGAAAAACGCCAAUAUGGAUGACAUCAAGCAAGGCAAACUGUCCAAAGAGCUGGACUUUGUUCAACACAAUUUCCGAAGCAAGCUGGACGAGCUGAAGAGGGAGGAGAUGAACCGGCUGCGGUUGCUAAUCAAAGCCAAACACGACCUCCGGGAGGGGAACGGGAACACACUGGACCACCAGGCCCUGCUGAAGCAGUUUGAGCACCUCAACCACAUGAACCCACACACUUUCGAGGUGGAGGACCUGGAUCGCCUUAUCCAAUCGGCAACAAAAGAUCUGGAAAACUAUGACAAGGAACGCCACGAUGAGUUCAAACAGUAUGAGAUGACGAAGGAGCACGAGAGGAGGGAGCGCUUGAAAACGAUGAACGAGGAGGACCGGAAGAAAGAGGAGCAGCACUAUGAAGAGAUGAAGAAGAAGCACGCCAACCAUCCCAAAGUUAACCACCCUGGCAGUGAAGACCAGCUGAAAGAGGUGUGGCAGGAGUCAGACGGUUUGGACCCAGAGGACUUUGAUCCCAAAACCUUCUUCAAAAUGCACGACAGCAAUGGAGACGGCUUCUUUGAUGAAAGCGAGCUGGAAGCUCUCUUUACAAAAGAGCUGGAGAAGGUGUAUAACCCUGAGAACGAGGAGGACGAUAUGGUUGAGAUGGAGGAAGAGAGGCUGAGGAUGAGGGAGCAUGUCAUGAAUGAGGUGGACACAAACAAAGACAGGCUGGUGUCAAUGAGUGAGUUCAUAGCAGCAACCAAGAAGGCGGAAUUCCAUGAGAAAGAUGAGUGGGGGACUUUAGAUCAAAACCCUGCUUACACCGAGGAGGAGCUGAGAGAGUACGAGCAGCAAAUCGCCAACGAGGAAGACAACAUCAACACCAAGACGGCCGAGUUGCAGAAACAGAGGGAGGAGCUAGAAAGAAAACAGGAAGAACUAAAUGCUCAGAAGUCAGGGCUAAAACAGGCAAUGGAAGAAAUGGAAAAGAUCAAAGCGCAGAGUUUAAAAGCUGAAGCAAAACAGCCCGGAGGCGCGAUGGCCGAGGGGGAUCCGACACCAGUCGUACCAGGAAACGCCCAGCCUCUGCCUCCUGGCCACCAACAGCAGGAUGUGCCAGUGCCAGGACACUCCUAGGCCUCCCCGUCACCCUGUCUGUUAUGAGUGAGCGUCUUUGUGCAUUUUCUUUUCGUGAACCAAUUUUUCUGUUUAGAAAACUAACGUCCUGAUUAACUAAAGGCAAAAACAGCCCAAAAGCAUUACGCGCCCCCUGAAGGAAGCCGAUGCAGGGAUCAGGUUUAGCGCCAGUGCCAACCGUCCCUUUGCUAGCCAAAUCAGCUGAACGAGCCAGAGUUUUUCUUAAGGACAAUCGCUUCCUUUGUUUUGGGUAUUUCAAACUUCCAUAACAACAAGGACUCCUCUGUGGGAAAAUUCUCUGUAAAUGAAGAGUUUUGUUUCAGGCACUGUGAUUUGCUGUGGGUGAUAUUAUCUACAGCAAACAUUAUAAACAUGUGUUUUUGUUCUUAAGAGAUAAUCUUGAAGAAAAAAAAAAGAAUGUCAUUAAAGAAUCAUUUUGGUUGAAGUUCACUUAC